UGUGUCGUGUGGUGCAUCUGUCCCUGUACCUACUCGGUUUUUAAUUGCUGACCAAGAGUGGGAAGAUAUUGCUAAAAAUUAUAGAAACAGUAGCCAUGUGAUAUGAAAGAGAGAAACAUGUAGAAAGUAAGAUACAGAGUGUAAUGCGCAAAGUGACUUUUCUUCGCGAGAUAUGGUGUUCCAAGAGCGGACUUUAUCAAGGAAUUGAAGUUCAAGGCAAGUUUCUUCACGCUACGCUGUGUAAAAGCCAGUCAUUAAGAAAAAUAAAACGAAACAACUGAUUGCAAAGGAAGUUAAUAAGAAGAUACAAUCAAGAGAAUGCUGGCCUUAAUUACGAAAUGGCCAAAUGAAAGAAAAGAAGAUAAUUUACUAAAAUGACACCUCUGACUAUGAACAGAACGGAAGAAUGAAAAUCCACGAACUCUCAAGAUAACACGAGCACCAACAUUUUUUCUUAAGACAGGAGAACCUAGCAUGUCACCAUUAACAUUUAGUUUUAAUUUAUUGUCUGGAGUAAAUUCCCAGUGACCUCUUUUGACCCAAGAUGGCCCGGCGGAGAGAUCUAUCUUCCUGCAUCCUCGUGGCUUUCAUGAUAUCAAGUGCGACCCAAAGAGCGAAGGUGAUGGCACAGGAUGAGGCCAGCAACAGUAGUUUCGUGGAUGCCAAAAUAACCUUUGCUAAUUCGUCUGGAGCUGGGAUCGACACUGAGACAGAACCACCGAAUAGCCGCUGGUUAGGAACUCGUCUGGGUGGCAACUGCUGUGGUAAUUUUCUCAGCGGCGUGUGCACCUUCGUCUCCUCAGAGUGUGUCAACUGCACGUGUUCUUGCAUACCGGGCUACACCUACGUGGAAGGUGUUAUCGGCAGGUGCGAGGUGCUAACGAGCGAAGGAGACUCCUCACCUGCUGUUGAAGGGAGUGACAAGCUUCCCUUGGAGGCUUGUAGAGAGAAGAGUCAGUGUAUCGAGGGCUUAGAUUGCCUCGAUGGGGUCUGCGCGUGUCCGCCGCCCUGCGAGUACGUGCCCGAGCGGCUGGUGUGCGACUGCGGUCCGCAGGAGACGCCGUGGUGGCCCAUCGUCGUCGGGGUCGUCAUCGGGUUCCUGAUCGUGUCCUUCUGGAUCCGAACCAUUGCGGACAUGAUUGACAAGCACAAGAAAUGCCGUAGUAACAAGGUGUCUCAGAUGACGAGGUCGGUGUCGGGCAUUUCCACGCUGGGCGCUGCAUAUGGCACUGAUCACGUGACCUUCCAGCCGCUGUCGAAGAAUUAUUCCCAGAAUGCUCACCAGGCGGUGGCGCCCACGUCGCCCCUCAGGCCGGCCUUUGGGUCCUCAGCGAUGGGCCCUCUAGGACAUCAGCCUCUGCAGCUCCAUGUGGCCGCCAACGCCCCUCGCGCACCACUCCCGCCCUUCCCGCCGUAUCCUCCUCCUCCUUACUCCUCCCCUCUUCCCCCACCUCUUCCCCCACCUCUUCCUCCACCUCUUCCUCCUCUCCCUGCAAGUUCGGUGACCAACCUCGCCCCGCCCACCGAGCACCGCCCACCCACGACGGACUUCGUGCCGCCUCAGGUGCCAGUCAUCCUCGAACCGCCGGCGGAGGAAGAGCCUAACGAUUCUCCUCCCGCCCAGGACGCGCCCAGACCGCCGGCUUCGGCUCCCCUCGGCAGGAGGAACCUGGAGGAGGACGAAGGCAUCGAGGGCAACGUACCAGGCCCUGCUGUCUACAGUCCCCCGCGUUCAGCCAGGUUCUGAAGACCGGGACAGUGCCGGCCGAGCGUCCAGAGGCAGCAAGUGGAAUCGUGUUCAAAUCAUUCGCUCACGUUCAUUGCCAAAUAAGUCUAUAGUCUUAACUGUGUUAGUGAAAAGUGUAGAUUAUAAAUGUGGUGCAUGGUUACUUUAACGUCAAAACCCCAGUUUAGAAUGGAUUUUGCCUGUGAAUGAAAUUCUACGGGUGAAACUAUUCUGAAAUCAUGUGAUAUGGAUGUGUAAAAUCAUCAGACAAUCAGCUUACUGUAAUAUAUAUUUUUAUUCUAAACAAGUUCAUAAAUUCUCAAAAAACAAACUCAUAUUAUAAGAUGUGAGAGAGAAAAAAAAAUAAACAUUGAUAUUCAACACGUCUGAAGAGUCAAAGGCACAGCGUUAAUUGGUAAUCAUUUCCAGCUGAAGAGAGUGUGUGCCUUACAGUGUGGAAUCAUGUUGUGUUUUGUUAUAUGUUGUGAGAGGAUGUAAUCAGAAAUGAAAUGUAUCAAUGUAUCAC